GCGGUAUUAUAUCCUUCUACAUUAAUUUAAUGGAGUGGAAUCACGUAAAAGUAAUUGCACGCGUACACAAUAAUCCCUUCUCCUCUUCGCAACUACCAAACAAUGUUUCGUGUGGCACUGACGAAAAUGGAGAAUACAUUGAAGUAAUAAAAAACCCGGCAGCAGUGGCUCAAACACCUGAAGAAGAAAGGGAAAAAAUUAUUCAAAAGGAACGAUUUUAUUUCGAUCGCUGUAGUGACUCUUCUGACUUGAAUUUUCAACACGCAAAGUACACUGAGGAAUAUCUAAACUUAGCAUUAGAAGGAUAUAAUACCGCCUUAUGUACCAUGGGCAUCGGGUUCUUAAAGCUGAAACCCAAUAGCAGUUAUGAUAGGACAUCCUUACUCACAGCUGUGUUCGAUAGAUUGGUUCAAAAAGUUCAAGAUUCGGUGAGACUUAUUAGUGAUAUGGUCAUUUCCUAUGCGUUUAUGGGCAUUACCGACAAUCAAUGUGUUAAUCUUUUGACAGAUUGGGAUGUUCCCGGCCAAAAAAUUAUAGAAAACGAUUUGAAUCAAAACACGAUCGGAAACCUUUGUGUUGUUGAUUUUGGUCUCCCUCAGUUCAUCCCGGAUCCUUACACAAAUCCUUUGCCAGUUCAACUACCAAACUCAACGCAAGUUCUUCGGAAGUGCAUAAGUAUGCUUGCGACCGCAACCCUCGGGGUCAUUCCGUGUCGAAAUUCUGUCAUAACGGCGAUAAUUACUGAUUUCCUUAACGGCAAUGGAAUGCUGGUAUUCUUUAUGAAUUUUGAGGGAUGGAACGAUCCAAAGGAUUAUAGUCAUAGGACAAAUAACAUUGCAGCUGGACUCGAGUUUACGAGGACCAUAAGCCGAAUAAAGUGUCGAGUUAUGAAGAAUUACGUGGACUCACGCUUGGUUUCGUGUCGACUAGAAUUAUCUCGGAGAGAACACGAGUUAUCAACGUUAAAGGAUCAAUUAUACCAACUCCAACAGGAUCUUCUUAAAUUGCAGAGAGAUUUUGAUCACCUCUCUUCAAAGCAUAAUCUGUCUUGCGAUGAGGUCACGAGGACGAUGAUCGAAAGAUGUGAGGCAAGUUGUGAGGCGAUAAAGUUCAAGGAUGAUGCGCAAUUGCUAAAUGAACAAUACAAUCUGUCUAAAGAUGAACGAGAAGUUCUCAUUAUGGAAAAUAAAGUUUUGUCAUUUAACUUGGAGGUGGCGAAAUAUGAAUUACGAGAGUCAAAAGAAGAAAACUCCGAGUCAUCGGAACGCAUCAAAGAAAUUGAAGAGGCCUACAAAACUGCCGAGGAGAAAUUUUGCCUGCUGAAACAACAGAAAGAACAUCUCCUUAAGAGGCACGCUCAAA